UCGUUACGUCACUCGAAGCGCCCUGGCUCGUAGCUCUGGCAAAGAGAGGAAGAAAACGACAGAAGUACUCUAAAACAGGGCUUUCCCCGCCGUUAUCAGCUCUCAAAGUGAUAACGGUCUGCCUACAACAAUAGAUACAGGCGCAGCCAUCUGACCAAACCGGACUAACCUCUUGUGGAAGAAGGACCCUGCAGGUACUUCAGUCGAGUGCCGUUCCCCACAGAUUCUCCUUUAGGAUCAUUUGAUUGGCUCCUCUGUGAAGCUUCCGAGAGCCCCUCCCUUAUUUUUAACCACGGUAUUUAAUACAUGAAUAUAACAUGACCCGAUUAAACGGAUAAACCAGCCACUCUUCAACACAUAGUGAAAAUGAAACCUCUUCAUUUUUGUAUGCUUACAGUAAGCCAAAAGUAGACCCUUCAAGAUUUACAAAAAUCAUCUUAUCAGUCCAUAUCGUCCUUUUCUCUUCACGUUUGCCCUUCUCCGGUCAAAACCACCAUGUAUGGCAGUGCCCGAUCCGUGGGCAAGGUGGAGGGCAACCACAGCGGCGGGAGCAACCAGAGUCCUGGUCGCUCGCCCCGUCUCCCUCGCUCGCCCCGUCUGGGCCACCGCCGCACCAACAGCACAGGGGGUAGCGGAGCCGGAGCGGGAGGUCCAGGUAGUAAAACCCUUUCCAUGGAGAACAUCCAGUCUCUCAAUGCUGCCUACGCCACGUCUGGCCCCAUGUACCUGAGCGAUAACGAGGUGGUGGCGUCCGGCCCGGAUCUGCCGAAGAGCACCAUGACGCUGGGCCGCUCGGGAGGACGGGUGCCUUACGGGGUGCGCACCACCGUCAUGGGAUCCAGCCCGAACAUCUCCACCGGGGCCCCCGGCUCCGUUCCCACUGAUGCCAUUGCUUUCGGAGACCACCAUAUGCCUUCCACCCUGGCGUCCACUGUGCCUCAUUCACUGCGCCAGGCGCGGGACAACACCAUCAUGGACCUGCAGGCCCAGCUCAAGGAGGUGCUCAGGGAGAACGAGCUCCUGCGGAAGGAGGUGGAUGUGAAGGAGAGCAAACUCAGCUCCUCCAUGAACUCCAUUAAGACCUUCUGGAGCCCUGAGCUGAAAAAGGAGCGAGCUCUGCGCAAGGACGAGGCAUCUAAGAUCGCCGUUUGGAAAGAGCAGUACAGGGUCGUCCAAGAUGAGAACCAGCAUCUCCAGAUGACCAUCCAGGCACUCCAGGACGAGCUGCGGAUCCAGAGAGAUCUGAACCAGCUGUUCCAGCAGGACCCCAGCGUUCGUCCCGGAGAGCCCCUGACCGCCGAGCUGACCGAGGAGAACUUCCAGCGGCUGCACGGUGAGCAUGAGCGGCAGGCCAAGGAGCUGUUCCUCCUGAGGAAGACUCUGGAGGAGAUGGAGCUGCGCAUCGACACGCAGAAACAGACGCUCUGCGCUCGAGACGAGUCCAUCAAGAAGCUCCUGGAGAUGUUGCAGAGCAAAGGGCUCUCUGCCAAGGCCAGCGAGGAGGACCACGAGCGGACGCGGAGGCUGGCUGAUGCCGAGAUGCAUAUCCAUCACCUGGAAAGCCUUUUGGAGCAGAGGGAGAAGGAAAUGGUCUUGCUGAGGGAGGAUCUCCACCGACGAUUUGAGGGAGCUCCAGAAUCCGCCAAAACCAAGGCCCUGCAGACUGUCAUCGAGAUGAAGGACUCCAAGAUCAGUUCUCUGGAGCGCAGUCUGAGGGACCUGGAGGACGAGAUACAGAUGCUCAAGUCGAACGGGGCUCUCAGCACAGAGGAGAGAGAGGAGGAGAUGAAACAGAUGGAGGUCUACCGCAGUCACUCCAAGUUCAUGAAGAACAAGGUAGAGCAACUGAAGGACGAACUGGCGCAGAGCGAAGCGCAGGGCGAGGAGCUGAAAAAGCGGGCGGCUGAGCUCCAGCAAGAGGUCUCUUCUAUUGACCAGGUGAAGCAGGAUCUCUCCAGGAAGGACACUGAGCUCUUGGGCCUGCAGACUAAACUGGAGACGCUCACUAAUCAGUUUUCUGACAGCAAACAGCACGUCGACGUACUCAAAGAGUCUCUCACUGCCAAAGAACAGCGUGCUGCCAUCCUGCAGACUGAGGUCGACGCUCUGCGUUUACGUCUGGAGGAGAAGGAGGCCACGCUUAAUAAAAAGAGCAAGCAGAUUCAGGAAAUGUCAGAGGAGAAGGGCACGCUGAACGGAGAAAUCCACGACCUCAAAGACAUGCUCGACGUCAAGGAGCGCAAGGUCAACGUGCUGCAGAAGAAGAUUGAGAACCUGCAGGAGCAGCUGAAGGAUAAGGAGAAGCAGAUGACCAGCCUGAAGGAGCGCGUCAAAUCCCUGCAGGCCGACACUUCAAACACGGACACGGCCCUCACCACGCUGGAGGAGGCCCUGGCUGAGAAGGAGCGUAUUAUUGAGCGUCUGAAGGAACAGAGGGAUAGAGACGAGAGAGAGAAGAGCGAAGAACUGGAGAGCAGCAAGAAAGAGCUCAAAGACCUGAAAGAGAAAGUCAGCUUACUGCAGGGAGAGCUGUCCGAUCGCGAGGCCUCUCUAUUGGACCUGAAGGAGCACGCCUCGUCCCUGGCCUCCUCUGGACUGAAGAAGGACUCCAAGCUGAAGACUCUCGAAAUCGCUCUUGAGCAGAAGAGAGAGGAAUGCACCAAAUUUGAGAGUCAACUCAAGAAGCGCUCUGAGCUCAUGUCAGGCCAUCCCUUCAAUCUUGCUCAAUCCAUCGCUGUUGAGGCUCAGACAAAUGCCGGACUGUCAGAGCGCAUUGCCACACUCGAGCAGGAGGUGGCGCGUUACAAAGAGGAUGCUGGGAAGGCACAGGCUGAGGUGGACCGGCUCCUGGAAAUCCUCCGAGAGAUGGAGAAUGAGAAGAACGACAAGGACCGCAAAAUCGGCGAGCUGGAGAGUCUGCUUUCAAGGCAAAUGAAAGACCAAAGCAAGAAGGUUGCCAACCUCAAGCACAAAGAGCAGGUGGAGAAGAACAAGAAUGCUCAGUUGAUGGAAGAGGCUCGUAAGCGAGAGGAUAACAUGAACGAGAGUUCUCAACAGAUCAAGGAUUCUCUGAGGCAGAAGGACGAUCGCAUCGAGGAGCUGGAGGAGGCCUUGCGUGAGAGCGUACAGAUCACGGCCGAGAGAGAAAUGGUGUUGGCACAAGAGGAAUCUGCCCGUGCAAAUGCAGAGAAACAGAUGGAGGAGCUGUUGGCCGCCAUGGAAAAGGUGAAGCAAGAGUUGGAAUCCAUGAAGGCCAAGCUGUCAUCUACCCAGCAGUCUCUGGCCGAGAAGGAGACCCACCUGACCACUCUGAGGGCAGAACGCAGAAAGCACCUGGAGGAAGUGCUGGAAAUGAAGCAGGAGGCGCUAUUGGCAGCCAUCAGCGAGAAAGAUGCCAACAUCGCUCUACUAGAGCUGUCGUCCUCAAAGAAGAAGAAGACUCAAGAUGAGGUGGCUCUGCUAAAGAGGGAGAAGGACAGACUGGUACAUCAGCUCAAACAGCAGACGCAGAACCGCAUGAAGUUAAUGGCUGAUAACUACGAGGAUGACCACCUCAAGGCCUCCAAUUCUGACCAGACCAAUCAUAAACCCUCUCCGGAUCAGAUUAUCCCCCCACUCAUAGACCUCAAUCAGAACCGCAGUAAGCUGAAACUGUACAUCGGCCACCUCACGGCCCUGUGCCACGAGAGAGACCCCCACAUCCUGCAGGACCUGGCCCCGCCCUCCGCAUACCACCGCAGCCAACAGGACGCCUGGGAGGAGGAGCUUCAGAAGAUGAGCCCCGAGCAGCUGGAAUCCGAGCUGGAGCAGUGUGAACGAGAGAGUGCCGAACUACAGGAAUAUGCAAACUCCGUCCUGCAACAGAUCGCCGACCACUGCCCGGACAUCCUGGAGCAGGUGGUCAAUGCUCUGGAGGAGUCCUGCUGACCGGACCGGAUCACGGAGCUCGCUCUUCCUGCUUCUACUUCCCUUUCUUCUGUGUUUCACCGAUUUCACAGAAUGCCAGCACACAAAACACAAACUCUCGUACCCUCACCCACAUGCACGAAUCAAAGGACAGACACACAUACGGGAAAGACUGACAGCUCACAAGUCAAGUGCACGCUUGGAUUAGCUUGGAGGUGUGGGAACAGUGGGCUUUUCUUCUGCCCUCCUUACCACCACAUUCAUCCCCUCCGCACCUUUGCAUUCAAAUAAACAUGGGGAAGAAGAAACCGAAAGAGGGAAACGGGCGGCAGGGAAGCUUAGUAUUAUAAGACUCAUUCACUCAUUUAGCUAAACCCGUCCUGCGGGAGGUGAAGUUCUCUCUGUGAGGGUCAGGAAAUAGUCUCCUUAUCUUGAUAUACACUAUUGCCACAGCUCUUAAAAGCUGCAGGAUUUUGAAACCGUUUUGAAGCAAUUUAGAUUUUUUUUUUUUUCCUCCCCUUCCCUUUUCCUAGAUGCUUUGUUACUGACGUUAAAUUAUGGGUCAUUCGCGCAGGGCAAAACUCCUGCACUCUCAAACCAUCUGGUUUCACUCAAAACUUGGUUAAUGCUCCGGUUGUGCCAGCAGACAGUCCAUGCGGACUUUAACAUACUUUUACUAUCGAAGUCGGUAGCGGGUUUAGAUUACUGCAACCCCCACCAUCUGGGAAUUUACUCUCGACUUGGUCACCGGCCGAUUUCCUCCCCAAGUCUCGUUCGUAAAAGUUACGAAACGGACAAUAUGGGUAAUGUUAUCCCGUAUGCACCUGUCACCAGCUAAAGAAACCACAGCCCUGGUUUGUGUCUGUUAAAGGUGAGAGGAAGAAAAUUAUUUGCCUUGGAAGUUGUAGGUUUAUUGCUGCUAACAUUUGUCUUUGCAUGUGGCAGGUUUGGUUUGCUGGUGUUUUUCUAUAGCUCUCUGAUGCCGAGGGUGUAUUGCCGACGCAGAUGUUGUGGACACAGAAGUGCCUCAUCAUCAGAGAGCAGCUGCCAUACAGCACUGGAAUAGGAAAAUAGGCACCUAUCACUCAUUCCGUACUUUGAAAACUAUGCGGUCUCGCACUGGGAUGAAGACCGGCGGUCUUGCUCGAUUUUCCAAAGCAAAGAGUCGAGACUACAAGGUUGUUCUUGACGGAUGAGAGUAGCUGUUUAGAUACCCGCUUGCUUUAUUCCACUCUCUCUUAAAAAAAAACGGUUGCUUUGGGAGAUACCAUCAAGCUUUGAUCCCAAGCAUCUCGCAUGUACCAUCAUGCUCCCGUCGUUCUCUUUGCUUGGCUUCGUAUCGUCAUCAUCAUCCUCCUCCUCCUCAGACCCGGGCGUCUCUGUUAGCACAGCCGGCAGGUGUAUCCUCUUUCACUUUAUGGUUAUAUGGGUCUAUAUCCGUUGGCAUUGGGUGUCCCUUUUUGGAGUGAUAAGAUACAACCUCGUUCAACUUGUGAUAAACGCAUUCGGCUGUUGCUUUAAAGUCCAGAGUCGACUUCCCCUGUGGAUGACACUGGGCGUAACGUGCCCUCUGCUCCUCUCUCUCUAUAUCUCCUCAUCCCUCCCUCAUUCAUGCCUGUGUGUAGUUUAUGGCUCUGACCUGCUGUGUUGUGUUAGUCAUACUCCUCUCUGCACGAUAAGCCCGACAGACAAGACAAACAGCUCGAGAUCACAGCGAAUAUAAUCGCCACACCACCUCUCCUCAUGCCCAUACGCACUGGUUGUGAAGGAACCUGCCACGUGUUGUGGGGCCAAACGUUUGAUUGCACUGCGAGUCUCUAAUCUAGUCGCUGUAACUAGCACUAGUGCAUUGUUCUCCAGAGAUUCGGGAUUGUUUGUCUCUGUGAAUGAUUUAGACUGAAAGACGGGUUUGGGUGAAUUUCGUAAAAAUGCUUUUCGGUCACUUUGUACGCCAAAAUCAAAAGAAAUUAUAUGUUGCAUAAAAAGGGAUGAAGCUACAUUAUUUUCCUUUCCUCAGAAUAAUAUUCUUAUUAUGUCUUUUUUUUAAAUUAUUAUUAGCAUCAUUGUAAGCAAAUUUCUCAUGAGAUUCUGAUCAAAUCCAAAUCUAAGUGUAAAAUAUUUUAAAUGUGCAUAAAUUACAGUAACUCAAAAAAAUGAACCAUAAUUAUUAUUAUUUUAUAUAUAUAUAUAUAUAUAUAUAUAUAUAUAUAUAUAUAUAUAUAUAUUAAUGAUAAUUGAAAAUAUGUAAUAAGACAAUAUCUGUUUGUUUUCUUAAAGCAAAAUAUAAUUUUCUGUUUUCCAUUUACUUAUCAUGUUUUGUGAGAUUCACCUAAUUGCAUCUAUAAUUAACUAAAGCCCAAUGUGACAGUGUGGAGCCACUUUAACAACAUAUUCCCACGCUCACAUGGGCAAUGCCAAGAGAACGCCCGUUCGCGUGCCAUUCUCACCCUUGGCGCGUCGAUCUUAUUGCAGUCAUAUACGCGCGUAUCUAUAAAGUCUUUUAUGGUUUUAUGCUCUUAAUUACAGCUGAUGGACUUCCUUAUGAGGACAUAAAUGUGACGAGCAGCUCUUUUGGGCUUUUAAAAUCAAACCGCUGAUUGAUAACGUCCUGUUUUUCAUCUCUGUCGCUUUCUUCCCGUCUGCUAUCUCAUUCAGGCACAAACACAGUUUUGGCCGUCACCCGUGGGUCUCUGAAAUAUGGGGCUCAGUUAUCUGCACCGUGGCUGAAUCUCCCCGCUUAGACUAAACACAGACCUAUCACACACACACACACACACACACACACACACGCUCGCUAUCACAGGCCCCCUCUCGAUUUAUGUCCUUCAGUACAGGAGCUGGCCUCUCAGCGCAGAGCACUCCGGAGAAUUCCCUAAGAAAACAUAAAGAAGGAACGCUGUGAUAACCGGGAGCAGAUCAGAGAAAGAAUGACCCGGCGCUUUGCAGAGGGUGUUAUUGUGCGUUGAGUGAGUGUCUCUCUGGAGCUCUGGUAUUUGUGUGAUUGCUGGUUAUAGGCAGACCUAAUCACACAGAAGAGUAUGGAAAUUCCCUGCAGGCUUUGGAUCGCUCCGUAUGCGUCCCAGUGAUUCCUCCUUAUGUUUUUGAGGAAUCACAGAGAUCUACACCAGCGCUCUCUGCUCAGUAGCUAAUUACCGAUACUACCCACAUUCAGUAGCACUUUGUGUGAAGCCUGUAUCUAUUACGGUAUUUUGAGGGCAGAUUAAUUCACAAAAACCUUGCUUAGUCAUGUUUACAACUAUAAACAUGCAUUGUUUUUUUAAGGGUGUAACCAUUGGGUAAGUAUUAUAGUGCAUUAAAACUAGUCAUAAUUAAUUACAACUGAUAAGUUGUGUUACAAGGAAUUAAGAAUGCAUCAUAUGAGCAAAAUUGGGUCGCUUUCUGAUCUCGAAGAUGGAAAUCGGCCCAUUUGUGUUUAUAUAAUGCAUUAGAACACCAUAUAGCUGAACUCACUCUGUGUGCUCACCUAUAUAAACCUAUACAGGCUUCAUAGAAGUGUUUUUCAUUUUGUUUUGCAAACUACUCUUGUUCAUUUAUAGGAGCAGCUCGUAGGAUGUGGUCAGCUGACUUUCCACGCCGUUUGGCUUUAUACAUCUACCUGGCUUGAAACCGCGUUCAGCCAUGAGUGAGAAUGAGCAUGAGGUGUUGCUUCAUGUUUUAGUAUGAACAUUUUUCAUCCUCAUUAAACUCACCGAGGCAUGUCUGUGGAGGGAGAGAGAAAGAGCAAGCGCGGGGCGGCCAGGAACGCACGGGCUGUAAGGACCCGACUUAUUUUCCACUUGCUGUCAUGAUUUUUAUUCUACCCUAUUUCGCCCUAUAACGUGAGACAUUUAUCAUAGGGUCUACUUAAAUGCUUCACAAAAUGGAUUACAUCAUGUUGCAUGUCCCAUAAUUCUUUCGUGUUAAUCAGUAGUGAUCCUGAGUUUUGUCAUACAGAUGUUAUAAUGGUCUUUUAUUCGUUACUGUGAGAACACUGCCAGAGACGUCUCGUGCAAACGUGCAUAUAAAGAAAUCUAUAUUUAUAAAUGUGUCGGUGGUUAGACCUAGAUUUAAUUGAACAGUUCGCACAAGCAUCUGGGGAAGAGAAUAUAUCCAUCUGAACAAAAUGGCUGUCGGCUAUUUAAAAAAAAAACAAAAAAACAAACAAACAAAAAAAAAAUGAAUGAACUAGUAACACUAACAUUUGAAAUGAAAAUUAAAGAAAAAGCAAAGCCUUUCUAAGUGUCAAAUCAAAGCUGUUAACAAAGAUUUUCAAAAUUGCUACCAUGUGGUUGAUGAUGUGCUGUUGCUAUCUUCUCUGCAUCUUGUUCGAUUUUGAUUCCAGCUCAUCUUGCAGUAAUUUUUCUUUUUUUUUUUCUUUUUGGGAUUGUUUCGCAGUCCUCCAUAGCGUGCGUGAUUGCGAUUGUUGAAAACUGCAGCGUGUUUUAUAUUACAAUACAUGUAUAUGUAUCCUUGGGCUCGGAGAAGCAUCCGUGACGGUGUUUCGAGUGGACUGAGGGAUGCCAAGACCUCUGCUGGAGAACUGUGAUCCUAAUAGCACUCUAGGUUGCUGGAAAGUCAGGUUUAUUUUCGCAUUUUCAAGAGAUAACACCCGUGUUGUUGACCGUUUUGGUCAGAUGAUCGGCAUCACUCGACACCAAGCCUUUUUUCUUUUUGUUCAUAGUAAUUUAUCACACACGUAAACACACUUAAAGUUUUUAUGGCGUCUAAGUAGAUUGCCUAUUAAAUUGUUUACUUAUUAACUCAUCUUGAAUAGUCAUUAUUUACCCAAACGGUCCGUCAACACGUCCGCAUUUUUCAUGCAUUACUUCCCUCCACUUAGUUUGAUGGACUGAGACUGUUUAAAGCAUGAAACCACAUAAAACAUCCGCUGAAGGAUUUGGCAAGUUUAUGUCUGACUUUCCGUUCUCCAUCUGAAUGAAUCCGGUGCCAAACGAAGCUAGUCUGCUCUAGAAAGUGCCACAAAUAAUAACCUGCCUGUCGUUCAUCAGCAACCAAAGCCAGGUCACGUGACCUUUUACUGUUUAUAUCAUGUUUGCGUUAUAUUUAAACCUUUAAACCUUAAUUGACACAAUAAAAGGUCAAACCAAAACCAGGCCUGCUGUGCUCGGUCAGCUGCUAGAUGAAGCACCAGAACGGACCUUUAUUAAGUGUGUAACGGAGCGUCUGAGUUGAAUGAAGCAGCAUCAUUCACACGGACCUAAUCUUCAUUUCGACUCAGAACUGUGCAUGUGGUCAUUUUCGAGACUGUUAGAAAGUUCUGCGUGCCUGUAUGAGAGAAUAUGUCAGGCUUGUAGUUGGCACUUCUUCUAUUUUUUCCCUCUGGAUUUUGUCCUAAGAGAGUGUCAGACCUCAAUAUCACCCCAUCCACAUCAUGUUCUCUUGGCUCCAGCAACCCUGCCUUCUGUCACAGCAAGGGUCUAUCUUUUCUAAUGAUUCAUGCUCUUUUUCUACGCAGUACACGGAAACACUGUCAAGGAGGAUUCUCGCCCUUUCCCCUUUAAUUUAAUGAAGAAAAAUAAAUGGAAAAAUGUCAACUUUAACCCAAAGCUGGUCAUCUCUCGUGUCUUUUUUUGUUUUUUAUUUUUAAAUGAUAUAUUCAUGUUCACAAAAAAAAAAAUACUGCCUUAUGUCUGUGUGGAAAACAUAAAAGAUUUCUGUAAAAAGAAAAUGAAAAAUAACAAAAAGGCGCAUUGUAUUCAGCUUUUGCCUUUGUAUGUAUAUAAACUCUAUCAUUCAGUC